AAACAAUCAAUCAGGUGGCUGGCUAUACAAUGAAAGCUAUCGUUUGUGUCUUUGUGGCCCUUUUGGCCUGCGCUGCGGCUUAUGAUGUUGAGCUCCUUAGCGAGGAGCAGUGGAACCAGCUGGUCGAGCGUAAUCCUGCCAAACCCGAUACUCAGGGCCUGAUUUUGAAUGGAUCGGCCAAGAAGGCCAUCCAGGGUUUGCUGUACCAAAUGCCAUGCGGCUGGCCAGAAUAUGGAAUCCCCCCAUUGGCGCCCUACACCAAUGCCGAUCUGCGCAUCCACUUGGCUGAAUCUGUUGUCGACUCCCUGUUGCAGUUCCUGCGUUUCCGCUUCGACGGCCUGGAGAAUAUGGAGAUCAAGAAGCUGAAGGUCAGCUACACCUUCAGCAAGAAGGUCAAGUUCCACUUCAACUUCAAGGAGCUGAAGGCCAGCGCCCACUUUUUGGACACCGACACCUUCGUGGAUCUGCUGAAGAAACUGGGUUUGUCGGUGCGCUACGAGAGUUCGGGACCUUUGAGCUUCAGCCUGGAGAACCUUUCGAUCCAGGGCGAGUUCAAGUACAAGAUGCCCUUCAUCUUUGGCUCCAUCAAGAUCUACAAGUUCAGCUGUGUCGUCGGUCUGGGCGGCGUGACCUCCAACAUUGGCGGAAUUAUGGGCAACGGAAGGAUCAAUGAGUUUAUCAAUGACAUGAUCGACAAGGAGGUUCCGGCCUUUAUCAAUGGUUACCAGACGGCCAUUAGCGACAAGAUCGAGGAGAUCUUUGUGCCGCUGGUCAAUUCGUAUCUCACGGGUCACAAGAUCUGGUAUCUGUUCAGCAUGCUGGGUGCCGUCACUGGGUCCUGCAACCCAACUCCCGCUCCCUGGUUGGCCGUGGAGUCCAGGAAGAUUGAGUAGAAAGCAGCACCAACAACAACAUCAAUAAAAAGCAAUCCAAGCGAG